AUGGGCUCCUCAUAUGGUGGUACGGAGCAUGUACGAAGAGGACGCGCGAGGCAAAAGUCGAGACAAGACGCCGACCCUGGCCUCUUCGUUGAAAUUACGGGAGCAAAGGACAGCACAAAGGCGAAGCCAACCAAGCGCACCAAGCAACCGACGGGGGCUCCUGUUGUACCCCCAAGGUAUUGGCCCCGUGUCAGUCGCGGUAGCGGACCCGCUUCUUUCCUUUUCUGGCUACCUCCAGGCGACACAAUCGUUAUGGUCUUAGGAGGUGUGGCCCUGGUCGUUGAUAUUAUUGUCGCGUGUGUGGGGCCUCUCAUCUGGUCCCCUGCUGCGCUUUCCAUUUUCAUCGUUGGCACCGCGCCCGCUGCUGGGCCACACCUGCCAAGUAUUCCGUUACUCGUGCCAUUCCUUUUCAUUUACCCGCUUCUUUGGUUUACACCGGUCUCUCUUUUCUCACACGCGCCAGGCGAACUCGACGUUUCGCACUGCUUCGACCACGACGAUACCAAACGAACCACCCGCAUCACGAUCUCAUUCAGUCGGUCUUCACUUCUCCACAGACUACAGACUCCGUACACCAGCACAAUGCUUCUCAAGACGUCGACCGCCCUGGCCAUCCUGGCCGCCGCCUCACAGGUCGUGGCCGAGCCGCAGCCGUAUGCUGCCCGCAAGCUGAUGUCGGUCCGCGACAUGUUUGGUGUCGUUCGCCGUGACGGUGCUGAUAGCUACACCCCGUCCCAGAGCUACUGUGGCAUCGGCGAGACCUGCGCCCAGGCCUGCGGUGCUGGCUACGAGACGUGCUCGUCGACCGACGACGCCAUCCACUGCUACGACCCCAGCAACCAGCAGGUGUGCUGCCCUGACGGCUCCGGCAACUCUUGCGAUGCCGGCUACUACUGCUCCGGCACCGAGAAGGGCGAGACCGUGUGCUGCCCCAACAGCCAGUCCCUGGCCGAGUGCGCCGCUGCCUACCACGUCAAGGGCUCUCUGACCCGCGAGACCGCCAAGCCCACCUCGUCGUCCGCCUCCUCGUCAAUCAUCUCGUCCUCGUCUGUGUCCUCGUCUUCGUCCUCGUCUUCCGUCAACUCGACGACCAGCACCGCCGCUACCAAGCCGACCGGUCACCACGGCCACCAUGCCAACGGCACUGUCGUCACCUCGUACAGCACGAGCUUCACGACCACGUCGUGCUUGACCUCGACUGCUGGCACGGCCGCCCCUACCAACGCCAACAACUUCACCACGUCGCAUGGUGGCCCGUCGCCCACGGCCUCGCAGGUCGCGACCAGCGCUGGUGGCUUCAUCAAGCCUGCCGGUGCUGCCGCUGCCAUCCUGGCCGCUGUUUUCACAUUCCUGCUGUAA